GUUAUCUCCUGGAAACCUUCCCAGGUCCCGUCGAGCAGCAGCGAUGGGCAAUUGUUGCUCCGACGUUACCGACGACAAGGCCGCCGUCGGCGGCUCUCCAUAUAAUCCCGAUGCUCCCGGUCCUAAUGAUGCCGUAGAUGUUUUUCUCAAAUCUCGUGGUUACCAUGGCCUCUUUUCUCAGAUCGAGCUGUCUUUGUCUGCUUCAAACUUGCGUGACAUGGAUAUGUUUUCCAAGAGUGAUCCCAUGGCAGUUAUUUAUACAAAAGGAAAUGAUGGCUCAUUACAAGAGAUUGGUCGUACAGAAAUUGUUCUAAAUUCAUUAAAUCCACAGUGGAUCACAAAACACACUGUUACUUAUCAUUUUGAAAUGGUUCAAAUGCUGUUGUUCAGGGUAUAUGAUGUUGAUAGGAAACUCCAUGGCCCACAAGUAAAGACACUUAAGUUGGAUGAACAACAAUUCCUGGGAGAGGCUACUUGUACAUUAUCUGAGAUAGUCACCAAACCAAAUUGGUUGUUGACCAUGGAUCUUGUGGAUGUAAUAGAGUCAACCAACACCACACGUCCAAAAAACAAAGGGAAGCUCAAUGUUCAUGCAGAAGAAGUUUUUGUGUCCAAGACUACAACUGAGUUAACAUUUAGGUGCUCAGAUUUAAAGAAUAUGGAUUUCUUCUCCAAAAGUGAUUCCUUUUUAGUAAUUUCAAAACGUGUGGAGGGUGGGACUACUAUUCCAGUUUACAAAACAGAAGUUCUGAAAAAUAAUUUAAAUCCAAUUUGGAAACCAUUUCUUUUGUACACUUCACAAGUGGGUAGCAAGGACACUCCACUGACUAUUGAGUGCUUCAACUAUAAUAGUAACGGAAAUCACAAUCCACUUGGCAAAGUCCAGAAGUCGCUUGCUGAGUUAGAAAAAUUAUCUUCUAGUGGUCAGGGAGUGCAUAUGUUUCCAUCACUUGAUAAAGACAAUCAGAAAAAGAUACUGAAAAGUCAACUCUUUGUGGAUAAGUUUUCUGAAAGGGUCCAGCAUACCUUCCUUGAUUACUUGGCUGGUGGCUGUGAAUUGAACUUCAUGGUGGCUGUAGAUUUUACAAAUUCUAAUGGAAAUCCACGUCAGCCAGAUUCUUUGCAUUAUAUAGACCAUUCUGGACGUCCAAAUGCAUACCAAAAAGCAAUACUUGAAGUUGGUGAAGUACUUCACUUUUAUGAUUAUGACAAGAAAUUUCCUUUAUGGGGUUUUGGAGCUCGCCCUUUUGAUGGCCCAGUCUCUCAUUGCUUCAACCUAAACGGAAGCAGUGUCAACUCAGAGGUUGAAGGGAUUGAAGGUAUCAUGACAGCAUAUAGACAGGCUCUUUUUAAUGUUUCACUAGCGGGCCCCACCAUAUUUGGACCUGUGAUAAAGGCUGCAGGACUGAGAGCCGGGCAGGCUUUGGCAGCUAAUGAGAAGAAGUAUUUUGUUCUAUUAAUCAUCACGGAUGGAGUGAUAUCAGAUCUCCAAGAAACAAAGGAUGCUCUUGUAAAGGCGUCAGAUCUUCCAUUGUCCAUCCUAAUCAUUGGGGUUGGUGGAGCUGAUUUCAAUGAGAUGGAGAUUUUAGAUGCAGAUAAAGGUGAAAGUCUCCAAAGCUCAACAGGCCGGCUUGCAUCUCGUGAUAUAGUUCAAUUUGUUCCUUUCAGGGAUGUUAUACAAGGUGGAGAAGUGUCUGUUGCUCAAUCCCUUUUAGCAGAAUUACCCUCACAAUUCUUAACCUACAUGAGAAACCCUCCAGGAAGUCGACACCCCUCCAUCAUCGACACCCACUCCGGCGCCAUCCUUACCAUCGCCCGUAAAACAACCACCACUGUAGCCCCUGAAACCACCACCAUCGCGUGCCUAAAACAACCACCACCGAUCUGCGUUUUUUUUGUUGCUAUGAACAUCCCUGAAACAAUCGAUCCUGAAAAAAUGAAAUCAGAGGAAUCCAUCAAUGGUGGUGGCGGCUCCCCCUCCAUAAAUGAAUCCCCAAACCAAAAUCAGAAGAAACACCAAAUCAAAUUGAUGCAGAAUCAGACGAACAUCAAAUGA